AUGCUGAAAGCUACAUUAAAAUCGCUCAACAUGCUCAAUUUUUUCCAGCUGAGUAACUGUGGAUUUCGAAAGUAGUACAUAUCGGCCUCAUAAUGGAGGUUUCUGUUCAACCAUUAAAAGACUUAUUGAAUUCCAGAUAUUCAGAGUCCAGACUGGCAAAACUAUUCAAUGGCAGCAUCCCAAUAGUCCUGGAUUCCCUAAAACAGCACUAUUUUAUCGAUCGGGACGGAGGUAUGUUCCGACACAUUCUCAACUUUAUGAGAAACUCGAAAUUGCUCAUUCCCGAGAACUUCCAGGACUUGGAUCUGCUGCUGGAGGAGGCCCGAUAUUUCGACAUUCCACCCAUGGUGCGGCAGUUGGAGCAAAUGAAGAAAGAUCGAGUGAAAAACGGGCUGUACAGAAGUCAAGCUGAGCGAAACUCACGGUUGCCCUCAAAUGGGCAGGAGGUGUAUGAGUGCGUGGCUUUGCACGUGAGUCCAGACCUGGGGGAGCGAAUAAUGCUAAGUGGAGACAGGAGUUUGCUGGAUGAGGUGUUCCCUGAGACCAACCAGGCGGUGAUGGACGCCAGGAGUGGAGCGGCUUGGAACCAACAGGAUGUCCAUCAUGUGAUCAGAUUUCCUCUUAACGGUUAUUGCAAACUGAACUCGAUGCAAGUGAUCAGAAGGCUGCUGAAUGCCGGCUUCAAAAUAGCCGCCAGCAAUGGAGGAGGAGUUGAGGGCCAGCAGUUUUCGGAGUAUUUAUUCGUGCGAAGAGUGCCGUCCGGUUGACGCGGACAAUCUCACAGCUUUUAAAAAAUUGCCGCCUGUAAAUACUUUCAGCUGCCCUUAUCAGUUCGAUUAGUUUCCCCCGACAACUUUCCAUCGCCUUUUAAGUUUACUUGAUCUCAUCUCAUCCCAUCAGUGAAUCCUUCGGACUGCUUUUGGCGCAAGUAGUUGAACACUGUGACGUCACGCAACAGUAAACUCAGUGUACAUACUUUC